AUGAAACCCAUUGAUCGAAAUGCAAUUCUUAUUUUUGAUGAAGUAUCUAUUGGAAGUCUAUUAUCCUAUGAUAGUAAGGAGGAUGAGAUUAAGGGUCUGGCAGAUUUUGGAAGUGGAAAAAGAUGUCCAAAAAUAGCAGAUUAUGCUAGCGUUUUUAUGAUAAAGGGGAUGUUUCGUCAAUGGAAGCAACCAAUAUGUUUUACGUUUAGACUAAGAAACAAUUUUCUCACCAAAGAUCUGCAUUUUAAAGUGUCUGGAAAAGCUUUUGUAGCAAAAUGGUCCCAUAUUGAGCAGCUAUAUUUCUUGGACACUGAAGACCAAGAACUGCGAUUAUGUCCUAAAUUAACUGACGAACACGUUUUAAAGAAUAAAAUUAAAAAAAUGCGAGUAAGCUGCUGUACACAGGUCUUCAGCAAUCAGGUCGGAGUGUAUAUGAAAAAGAUCCUUAGUUGGAAUGCCCCAGUUAAUCUUGAACGAGAAGCGGAAGGAACUGCCAAUUUAAUUUUAUUUUUCGACAAACUCUUCGACAGUCUGAAUUCGAGCAAGAAAUUUGGAAGCCCAGGGAAGCCACUUAAAGCAGGUGUAACUAAGGAAAGUACCCAUAUAUCGUUUUGGUAUGACGCCCUCAAAAUUUUGGAAACUAUGAAAUAUGAGUUGUUGUAG